AUGAAUCUCAUGAAAUGCAGGAACUACCCUCUUUUGAUGGCUACUUGGAAAGUAGCUCCUGCUCUGGCUGCUGGUUGUACAGCGAUACUGAAGCUUUCUGAGUUGGCAUCUGCAAACUUCAGGACAUGCUUGGAGCUUGCUGAGGUGUGUAGGGAGGUGGGUCUUCCUCCUGGUGUCCUCAAUAUUCUGACUGGACUUGGCCAUGAAGCUGGAGCUCCUUUGGCAUCUCAUCCCCAAGUCGACAAGAUUGCAUUUACAGGAAGCUCAGCUCCAGGGAGCAAGAUUAUGACCGCCGCUGCUCAACUUGUCAAGCCUGUUUCGCUGGAACUUGGUGGAAAAAGCCCCAUUGUUGUGUUUGAGGAUGUUGAUCUUGAAAAAGGUUGGUGCAUUCUGGAGCAUGUACCCCUCAAUAAGACUGAUACAAUUGCUAUUUUCCUUCAGAAAUUCGUUGCGAUGGUGCAUUCAUUCUUGGGUGAUUUCUAUGUGAAUAAGCUUGAUUAUUAUGAGAAAAUACUGAAGUUCAUCUCCACGGCUAAGAGCGAGGGGGCUACUAUUUUGUGUGGUGGAGAUUGUCCCGAGCAUUUGAAGAUGGGAUUCUUCCUUGAGCCAACCAUCAUAACAGAUGUCACCACAUCAAUGCAAAUUUGGAGAGAGGAAGUCUUUGGACCUGUUCUCUGCGUUAAAGCAUUUGGCAGGAGGCCAUUGAAUUAG